AUGGGCCAUGCAGACUCAACAACUCAUGGCAAACAAGCCAUCGUCACAGAUGACGGGAUCCACGACUCCGACGAUGCGAACUUGAAGGACUUGGACCGGCCGGCAUCUUCCUACUCCGCCAACGCGUCGCCCUCCGAGGCUGCGCCCGAGCCCGCGAAGCCGCCACGCCGCUCCUUCCGCACCUACAUCUGGGACACGGACACACACCUCAAGUCGCCAGAGGAGCGACGACUGCUUCUCAAGAUCGACGUGGCCAUCCUGAGCAUCGGAUGCUUGGGCUUCUUCCUGAAAUACCUGGACCAGGGCAACAUGGCCAACGCGUACGUGUCGGGCAUGAAGGAGGACCUGGCCAUGAACGGCAACCAGUACACCUAUGCCGGCACCACCUAUACCGUGGCAUAUGCCGUCAUGCAGAUUCCCAGCACGCUGAUCAUCCAGCGCGUCCGGCCUCAUAUCUGGCUCGCCGCCAUGGAGGUUUGCUGGGGCACUUUUACCUUUGCCCAGGCCGGCAUGCACAGCGUGAGCGAGCUGUAUGCGUUUCGCUUCUUGAUCGGCUUCUUCGAGAGCUCCUUUUUUCCAUCGCUGUUGUAUGUGCUGGGGAGCUGGUAUACCAAGACGGAGCUGGCCAAGCGGACUGCCUUGUUCCAUAUGACCGCCCCUUUGGGUACCGCGUUUGGUGGCUAUCUCCAGGCCGCCGUGUAUAAGAAUCUGGAUGGCAAGCACGGGCUCGCAGGAUGGAGAUGGUUAUACAUUGUGUGUGGGUGUAUGACUGUCCCCGUCGGGCUCGCAACAUUUCUCUUACUCCCCGACACCCCGUACACGAGCCGGGCCUGGUAUCUGACCAUGGAUGAACGCCAUCUCGCAGAAGAGCGGGUGAGGAAAGCCGGUAAGGCCCCGCCGGUGAAAAUCACACGGGCGACGUUCAAAAAGAUCCUCAGCUCUUGGAAAUGGUAUGCUUUUGUGGUGGGAUAUGUGCUCUAUGGCGAAUCGUGCGGUGGGAACGGCUACUUUGGCAUCUGGCUCAAAUCUGAGGGGUUUUCGGUCGUCAAGCGUAACCUCAUCCCCACUGGAACCUCCCUGAUCACAGCCGGUUGCGUGGUUCUUUGGGGAUUUCUGUCAGAUUACACCGGCAGCAGGUUCACUUGGGUGCUCGUCCCUCUGAUCCUGACGCUUCUUCCGAACGGAAUUCUGGCGUUUUGGCCCUCAAGCCUCCAUCUGAAGGAAUUCGCAUUCUUGACGGUGAAUGUUCAUCUCAUGACCGCAGUCUUCUAUACCUGGGCAAACGAGACGUGUGCCGACGACAAUGAGCAGCGCGCCAUGGUGAUCAGUAGCAUGAACGGCUUCCAGUACGCCGUGGCGGCCUGGCUGCCCAUCAUCAUCUUUCCGCAGACCAUGGCGCCGACUUUCCGCCGCGGGUUUCCCACCACCUGGGGGUUGGUCAUUGCCGCCAUCUUCAGUGUGAUUGCCAUUCAACUCUUUAUCCUACGAGACAGGCGGAAGGCGGCGGCCAAACGACCGACGGCGGCAGAGGAUGGCGCGAACGAGGGAGGCAGUCGCGUCACCGAAGUGAUUACGGAAAAUAAGUUCUGGAAGCUUGACUUUAAGGGCCGAGCAGAGGCGUAG